UUCAAAUAAGAAAUGUUUGUGUUUGUUUACUUUAAAUAAAGUUCAAUUAUUUUUGAGAAUAACUGUUAAUAUUGAACAUUCAUUGAAUAAGUACCACUUUUACUUUGUACGCCAAUUAUAGCACAUAAACAUUAGGUUCAGUUAAGUGGAUAAAAUGAGCAAAGACCGUGAUGGUAGGGUGAGUCAAGCUCAAAUGCAGAAAUUACUUGAUUUGCUCAGUGCUGAUGGAAAUCUCCAAGACGGGAGAGUGGUUUACAAGAACACAAAUAAGCUAAAGUUUUGGAAACGCAUAGCUAUGAAGCUGAAUAGUGUUGAUAAUGGCGCUAUUAAGAACUUUCACAAGUGGUGUAAAAUGUGGGCGGAUUGGAAAAAUAAAACGAAAAGGAAAGCAGAUACAGUUAUAAGAAGAAAAUUUGGUAACCAAAGUCCAAAUUUCACAAAACUAGAACUGAGGUUAUUAAAAUUGAUCAACUAUCCUAUUGACACUCUAUUAGGUGUCCUUAAUGAAGAAAAGUCUAAUAGAACACAUAAAGAAAGUGACACAUUCAGUGAAAACUUGGAGCAACUUGAAAAUAAAUUUGAUGAUGACAGCACAGAUAGAUUUAGUGAGGACAACCGGGAAUUCAUAAGUCUUGGAGUCCAAGACAAGAAAGACUUAAGUCAUAAUUACGAUAUAUUUGGCAGGCAUAAAAAAGUGACUGAAAGUGGAGAAGCUAACAUAAAAGUGGAAGCAGAGAGAGAAUCCAGUAAUAUGGAAACAUUAGAAGAUUACAAAGCCAAAGUGCAUCUCGCUCUAGAAAAGGAAAGAAUUCACCAAAAAAGUGAAGAGCUAAAACUUAAAGCACUAGAAUUGAAAUUAAAAGCUGACGAACUAAAACUGCAAGAGACUGAAGUUAGUAGAGUGAACUACUUGACAGAACUAGAAGAGCAGAAACUUAAGUGCAUGACAGAGAUAGCUGCGUCGUUGAAAGAAUUAGUUGAAUUUACAAGAAAUGGCAGCACAAGAUUCCACAAUGUUAUGUAAAUAAAAUAUAGAAAUUAAACAAA